AUGGCGAGUUAUUUUGGAAGGAAAACUCUCAGGAUAAGAAAUUUGAGGGAAGAUGUAGCAGAGAUACUCGUCAAAGAAGUUUCAAAUUUCAUACAACUAGAAAGAAUUGUAAAGAAAAACGGCACAGUAUCCGUCUGUGUCGCAUCACAGUUGAAAAAUCUUGUCGAAAGAAAAAUUUUGUCAACUCUUAACAAGUAUGUGGAAAAUGCAAAUUACACGUGCGAAAACAUUGAAGUGAAAUCUUCGCUCGUCGUUGUUACAAACAUACCGCAAGAUGUAAGAGAAAAAGAUAUGGACAAAAUGUUGGCCGGAUUUGGUAGAACUUUAACCAAGUUUCAACUGAUCAGAAAACGAAACUCAAAUCUAUCAUUGAAGUAUGGUUGGAUAGUUUUUGAAGAUCUCGAAAAUGCUGAAAGGUGUGUACUGUCGAUGUCAAGAGUUCGCAUCAAAAGUCAUUAUUUACAAGCCAUGUUAUUACCAGAAGCGAUUAACUCAGAAAGUUCGCUACAAGAACUAUCAACUCUACAAAUUGAAGGCUUUCCAUUAAGCUUUUGCAGCGAGGAAAAAAUUAAAGACAUCUUAAAAGUUAUUUGUGUUGACAUCGCACAAAGCGUGAAAUUUAUCAGGACGAAAACACUUAUUGGCAACAAUGUAACACGAUAUGUCGCUUUGAUCGACUGGAACUCUCCGCAGCUGGCUAUCACAAAUUUUCAAAAACUUGACACUUUCAAAGCUGCAGACGAAAAUGGACACUCGUUGGUAAAUUUAAAUGCUUCGUUUGCUUUGCCAGGAGUCACAGCAUUUUCAGACUUUUGUCAAUCUAUUAACGAAGCUUCGAACUCUUUCGAAGUAGCACAUGAACUUAGUAGAAACAUUAGAGGGACCGAGAGAUGUGUAGGUGUUAGAAGCCCUCCACCACCGUAUGUUGAACGAGAAGUACCACCUGGGUCAAACAAUUGUCCUCAGCCUCCUCCCUAUACGCCACCAAGACCACUUAUGUCUCAUGAAGUGAUGCAACCAAUGUUAUUCUCAGUUGGGCCUCAAAGCACAAUACCAGUUUGCCCUCCACCGCAUGUGCUUUUGUCAGUUGUUACACCACCUCACAGAACACACGGCCAAGAUGCACAAAUGAUGAACGGCAUUUUUUAUAAUACACCAGUGCAACGAAACCAAGUUUUUCGUCCUCCACCGUUGGUGAUUCCGACGCAAGCACAUGUUAUGCAAAAUGGUAGACCAAUUGUAGUGCAAUUCGCAAAUCAUUUUCCUCCUUUAAAUACCAACAAAAACGUUCCUCCUUUGAAUAACGUACCGAGAAUGUCCAUUCCAUUACAUGUAGGAGAGGUUCCUCGUUUCAACGCCGUUGUUUUAAACAAUAUAUUACCGCCAAAUCGUCCAACAGGUAGAGGACCAGUUCAUGGUGUAAAACCUGUAAAUACUGCGUCUCUGCGUAGAAACAUUAUACAUCCCGUAUCUAACAAUACCCGACAAACAACUCCAUCAUCGACAAAACACGGACAGGCGACAGACGUCUGCAGUAAUGAUGCCUCAACCUUAAUAAUAAAAACUGCGACUACUUCCGAUGUAAAUUCAGUUGCUUCCGACAUAAGAGAAAACAAUGACGCACCAAUGAUAAACGCCGAAUGUAGUGCAAUUGAUCCGUCACCAUGUAACGACAAUAACGUUAAUGAAAAGCCUACUUCAACAGCAACGCCGUCAACCGCCUGGACACAAAAGAAAACAAAUCGACGAUGGAGUACUGCAAAAAAGGUUAACAAAAACCAGAGGACGAGUACAUUGCCGAAUGAGGCUAUUAUCGAAGAAGUUGUGAAGGAGUACGCAAUGAAAAAUGAAGUAACUGAUGCACCUGACAUCGAGACGAAAAGCGAUUUUGAUGUAAACGAGACAGCAAACGAAUCUAGACCGAUAAGUAAUCCAGAUAAUGACAAAUCUCAAGUGGACACUUUAGAAGGAUUCGAAGUUGAAAUAACGAAUGAAACAGAUAAGUUUUCACAGGGAAAAGUUUUACACGCUCUUACGCGAAUGUCAAUCUUGGAUACAAUGAAAGCUUAUGAAAAUCCGACAAGUCAACGUGCAGUCGUCGACGUCGAAAGUAGUCGUUUGAUGACCUUUAUACACACAGACGAGGCGGAAAAACAAAGAUUUUGGAACCGACUACCGCGCGAAAUGUUUAACAGUUUAUUUUAGUAUUUAAUUUUCUUAAAUUUUCACACCAAACAAUUCUUUACACCACUAAAUAUCUUUGAGAUAGUAGUCCCAAACGAAAAUAAAGUCUAGUCCAUCCGGACAAGAGUUGACAAAACGAAAGAGAUAACAAU